AUGACUCUCACCAUUGUUGUUGGCUCAUCUGGAUCAGGGAAGACAACUUUCUUGAAUGAUGUGCACCAGUCUCACAAGUGCACUUACAUCAGGCAGUACCACAACCUGCGUCCUUACAUUGCAGUUUCAAAGAUUCCAAACUUUGACCCCACCGUGCUACCCUACUGGAAUAUAUAUGAAAAAGAGGGGACUGCCGGCAACAUCCAAGUUGGUGGAACAAUGGCUGGAGAGUUCUUUGCUGGCCUCAGUGGAGGUCAGCGAAAGCUCUUGCUGUUUGAACUCAUCUACCAACGGACCAUGAACCAGAAGAAACUCCUCUUGGUUCUUGAUGAGCCUUUUGCUGGAGUCACUGAUGAUUUUGUUCCCUGGAUUGUAGAUCGGUUGAACCUCAUGAGGGAGAAACACAACAUCUUGCUGGUCACCAACGAUCACAUCCAAGCAUUGACUGGGAUGGCUGACAAUGUCAUCACUGUAUCAGCUAUUGACCGAAGCAAGGUUAAGAUCAAUGACCGUGAAAAGGUUGAUCGUGAGAAGGCGAUCAUGGCCCUGUCUGUAGGAAAUGAUUACAAGUUUGAAGCAUCCAAUGCUGACUUGAAGUUCUUCCUUGAUGUGGAGGUUUGGAACAGUGGUGCCCUCAAGGGUAUCUUUGCCUUCACCAUGUUCUCCUUUCUGAUGUUCCUACUUACUUUCUGGGACUCUAAUGAUGAGAGUGCUGCUCUUGUUUUGAUUGGAGCUGGAAUCAUUGCUUUCUUUGCUGUCAACCCAUACUUGUUGAGUUUGGUGGAUUGGCGCAACUUCAUGUCUGAAGAAUCAGAGGCACUCUUGCAUUCAAGCAAAGGAAUGAACAAGUUGUUGAAGACUCUGCUUGCGAUGACAUUGGUGUUCCUGAUUGCCUUGCUGGAAUUUGGGUUUGUGAAUUCUGUCAUUGGUGGACUCUCCAGCUUUGACUACUUCAUUGCCAUGUUCUUUGAUAGUGCAAGCAUGACCUUCCCUUUCAUUUGCUUUGGGCUUUACACAACUCUUCCAUUCCAAGCUGUUGAAAUGCUUGGCAGUAUGCCCUUCCUCUUCAUGAUCUUCUUCUCCACAACUUUCUCACCUGGCAGUGGUGUCGCUGGUUUGAAGGCUCUGAGAUACCUGUUUAGUCGCUUCUACUUCUGGUGUAUGGUCCCUGUUGUUGAUGAGCAAAUGGAAGGAUGCCCUGCGGACAGUGGGUUGAAUUUGCUUUAUCUCUGUCUCAGUGGUUUGCUGGGAGUAUUUCUCUUCAUUAUAAUCAUGGGUGGUGCAGCCAUGAUCAAAGCAGCGCGAAGGAAAAAGGACGGAAAAAAGCGUGAAGCCAUGAAAGACGACGAUGAGUUCCAAGAGUUGCAGCUUGAAAUGUAUGGAGAGAAGCAGCUCAGGAAGUUGCUCAGAGCCGAGAGUUCAGGAUCAGUGAAGUCUGUCACCAAUACUGUGAAUUCUGAAUUUGACGUGAAAUCCAUCAGCAACACUGUGAAUGAGUUUGAGGUCUAG